AUGGCUGUCGAAUCUCAGGAGAUGUUGAAGAUGCGCCGCCGAGGAAAUUCGGUCGAACCGGUAGCACUGCUGCUUGAACUAGAUAUUGUAUUGAGUUUUGAGAAGUGUAUUUUGGACCCCGACUUUCAGACCUUCGAUUUGUACUGCAACAUGCUGUCACUACUGCAAGGUCUUAUAGGCACGUGUCGGUGGUUGAGCAAGAGUAUGGAAACAGGUGAUGAAGAUCCUACCUCUGCCAAAAGCCUUGGUUUGAAACUAAAAGAUAUCAACGGUGGAUCUCCGUUUAACGAAGAUUCCUCGUCGUCGCUGUUUAAUUACAAGCGUUUUAAGAAAGUGAGUUACCCUGAAGAUGGCUUAAUUGUUUUCAUGAUGAAAAAUACUUUUUCGUCCAUUUUCUUCGCUCAUUAUGCGUUUUGUGUUUGA